AUGGCACCAGCCAAGUCGAGCAUGGCCAUCAAGGCUGAACCUGCGAGACCUGCGAGCACGAGCGACGACAAUGUUCAGGGCUCAUCGCAACCACAGGAUGUUAAUGCGACUCUCCAGAAGUUCGCUGAAGGCAUGCAGAAGCAGAAGGAAGAGUCCAGAGCUCGCAGACAGCAGCGCGAGCGAGAGAUUGACCAGUUCCGGAAACAACGAAUCGACAAGGUACAGAAGAAGAUGAAGGAGUGUCGUCAACAGCAUCAAGAAGCUCUGCGAGAGUCACGUCGCCCGCAGGUGGACCGCCUCGGUGAGCUGCUGGCAGAGAAACGCGACAUUGAGAGCAAACUGCAACAGUGCCACGCCCGCAAGUACCAGGCCUUCGAAUCCAUGGUCGAGCAGUACCAGUACGCCAUCACUGGUCGUCUCGAAAACGAGCUUAAGUCCGAGUGA